AUGCAGUCAAACCUAGGUCAAGUCCGCUCAGCGGGCCAGUCAUCAGCCAAUCGCCUGCCAGCCCUUACGCCAAAGGAUCAAAGGAACAUUGACGGUGUCCAAUCGAUGUUGGAUGAGGUCAAGGGACUUAUGGUAUCCUUGAGAUGCGAUGCUAUUCCAAGUAGCCAGCAAACUGGAGACGAGGCUACGCACUCCGGGUUUGACCCCGAAGACCGGUUCAGGAUUGGCGACCUGGUCAAGGAGUGUCAAGCUGUGAUGGACUUGUCCAAAGAUCUCGACAAGGAUACCGAGUUGGCCACUUUGGCUUAUAAGACGCUUGAAACCAACAGUCUUGCGGAUGUCCAAUCCGGCGAUGACCAACAAGCUCGGCAUACCCUGGCCAUGCAAGUCAUUCGUCUUCUCGCAGACAGUCCGGACAGGUUCCUAGCGGUUUUGCACAGCCUAGGGAUACGAACAGGUCCAGAGUUCGAUGCCAAUAUGCGGCUAGCCCUAGGCCACCUAUCACCGUCGCAGGCAGACGUGGUGAUGAAGGAGACAUCCAGAGACGAAUUGGCUUCUCUGGAGAAGAGCCAUGAAGAGGUGAGCAUGAGGCUAAAACAAGCCGAAGCUCAAGUUGAAACCCUCACGCAGAGGUUGAGUUCUACAGAGGCUGAGCGAGCCAGGUUGGAAGGAGAUCGCUCAGACCAGGCUCAAAAAGCCGAAGAGCAAACUCGCUAUGCUCAACGGGCUAGGUCUGACUUGAGUAGGCAGUUUGAUAGGGUUGCAAAGUUAGAGUCUGCUCUUGAACUCGAAAAGCUGGACAAGUCUAGAAUCCAGACCGAACUGGAUGAGAAGAAUUCGAACAUCGCCGAACUGCAAGGUUCGGUCAAUGUUCUCAAACAAGACAAUUUCGAGGCUCAUGCCACAAACGAACGUUUGAAGAGACGGUCCAAGGAGCAAUCCGAUGAACAAGCUGCUACGGUCCUCUCCCUGCAACGCAAAACGGAAGAAGCUGAGAAUAACCGCGUCAAAGCGGUCAAUCUUGAGAGCGAAACUGCGUCGCUGCAAGAUAAUUUGCGGCAAUGCAACGCUAAACUACGGGAGACAGAAAAGGAGCUUGCAGAAGCCCAAAUUGAUCUUUCAGAGUCUCGUGGUCGUCUCACUUCUGCCAACCAGACAAGUGGCGAAUCGAAAGAGCGGUGUCGCUCCCUUGGAGGUUUCGUCGAUGAGCUGAAGAAGGAUCUCAGGGAAUUGGGACAGCAGCUUCAAGACGAACAGGAGAAGAAUUCGGCCAACCGUCGAAGUAUCCAGGAGAAGGAUACCAAGAUUGAGACCCUGGAACGGGGCAAUUUAAAGCUCAACAACUUCAUCAUAGCCGUUAAAGGUAACGCCCUCGAAAAAAUGAAGGAGCUCCAAGUAGCAAAUAGUUCGCAAGUCGAACAUGCAGCCUUGCUACUGAGGCGACUCUCCAUUGAUCAGGAUUCCGAAGAGUGGAAUACAGUAGGAAAGAAGGUCCUCACUGACUCAUUGACUCUGGCCAAUCCAGUCCAAUGGAGGCCGUGGGAUAUCGUCGGGUCCUCUUCUGCUGACGAGUCAUUGAGUAUUCGACAGCACGACCGCAAUGCCAAUCUGAUAGCUCUUGAUAUAAUGGCAAUCUUGGAUGUCAAGGAAGCCGACUCUAGACAUCUCUUGAGCUAUCUACAGGCAUUGCAAGAGGCACUACCAGGACCUUCAAUGAUCGAGAGUAUCAGGCAACUGAUACCUGACUGGUUCCUUCGUGCUGUUGGUGAUCCGCGUCUGCACAUCAUGCACAUGGUUGCUAUGUGUCAGAUAGUAAGUGCCCUUGUCCCAGAGAGGCACGAGAGCUUUGAGGCAGCUAUCAAUGCCGCAGACAGGCGAGUGUCCCAGCUGGCAGAGGCUCUUCAAGCCUAUGAUGAUGAUCCCACAGCUGGGAUCUCACUACUAGAGUCAUUCCUUUACAAGGAAGAGAGAUUCAACUACUACUAG